CCGACAGAAAUACGUCUUUCACUAACAUCUCUCUCUCUCUCUACAUCCGUCUUUUGGUCCAAGGGCUUAUCAUAUAUUCACUCCACUGUGAAUUCACUUCCUGCUAUAGGUCCCGAGACUAACAAGAGUUAAGCACAGGGUAAAAGGGGGACAAGGCAACAGCGGUGAUGGCCUCGUGGUUCGGUUGGAGCAGCGAGCCGGACUACCGGAGUCCACGGCGGGACCCAUCUUACGUUGUCACAGACACCCUGAUGCUGGAGCUCAGCUGGCAGCUGAAGGAGGCAGAGAGGACGCAGCGUGAGAGGGACAACGAGUAUCGGCGCCUUCAGACAGGCGUGGACUACACCUGGCUGGUCAACACGCCACGCAACACCUACAAUGUGUCGGCUGGCGAGAGGCUGGGCCUGGAGGACCUGUGCUCCAAGGUGCAUCCGUCCUACUGUGGAACUGUCAUACUGAGGUUCCGCCAGGUGGUGACUGAGAACGAGCCAGAGAUGCAGGAGGUGUCGGCCCUUUUCCGCUCUGUCAUCCUCGAGGCCCUGGACCGCCUGAGGGAGGAGCAGGAGGCACAGCGGCUCUCGCGCCAGUGGAACAACAAGCGGGCCAUGAGCAUGUCUCUCAUGAACUUCAAGUCGCGCAUCAAAAUUAACCCCUUUGGCAGCACAGUGGGCCUGACCUCGACCAGGGGGGAGGGCGAGCUGAAGACGGUGUCGGAAGACGUGGAGAAGGCGCUGGAAGAGAGGGCUGACAGGGCCCAGAGGGUUAGGAGCAUGCCUCACUUCAGACACAAAGGGCUUUACACUACCAAGGCCAUCUGAGCUGGGGAUCCACAAGACAGUGUUGUGGUUCAGUGGGGGAUGGAGAGAAGCUAGUGAGAUGUAGCCUAUAAUAAUCCUCCCGGAACCUGCCCAGUCUGCUUUGCACAAGAAUGGGGAGAAAUAGGAGACAUCUCUCCCAUCCUCUCUUUUGGCAGUAUGGGGUGAUCCCUAUUGAAUGCUUUUGACUGGGGAGCUAUGCUUAGAAUAUUUCACAAUGAGAUUGUCAGACACCUUAUUUGCUGUACUGUUUUUGAAAUCUUUGUCUUGUAAAUUAUAGAUUUUCAGUGCCUUUUCAACUUAAUACUUGGUAACUAUUUAUACUUAAAACAAAUUAACCAAUGAUACUUACAUUAAAAGCAAUUAACAAGAAGUUCUGUGACAUUUUUAGAACUGUAAAAGGGAAGUGAUGCUUUAGACCAUUUUAUAGCAAAAAAAUAAAUAAAAUAAUCACUGAC